CAACUGGACUCCUUCUUCCUACACACGUAAACAUGGCGCCCCCCAUCCCGCUGUUAGCAGUGCGAGCAUCAGACGGUACGUCUCUGCUCUGUGGACCUCCCAACUGUGAUCAGCACUCUGCUUUCCAGAGGGACUCUCGGGUCAGCAGGUCUGUAACCUUCAGCAGAGAUGGGACGCUGUUCGGCUGGUGUAACGGACAGAGCGUUUCCGUGGUGAAAUGCUCAGAUGGCUCCGUCGUGUCGACCUUUGACCUCCCAAAGACGGCUCUGCUGGACUUCUCUCCUCUCAGCAGCGUUCUGGUCACCUGGCAACCGUACUCCAAGACUCAGGACUCUCCUCAGGGUGACGCUAACCUCCAGCUGUGGGAGCUUUCCAGCGGCCGUCUGAUUAAAUCUUUGUACCAGAAGAAAGUCGACAACUGGUGUCCCAGCUGGUCUGAAGACGAGGAGAUCGCUGUGAGGAGCGUAAACAACGAGCUGCACUUCUUCGAGAAAAAUGACUUCAACACCAUCGCCAACAAGCUCCACAUGCAGAAGGUGUCGGACUUCUCGUUGUCACCCGGAGGUCAGCCCAGCAAGGUUGCCGUCUACGUGCCGGGCAGUAAAGGAGCGCCGUCGUUCGUCCGUCUGUAUCAGUACCCGGUGCUGGGCGGGCCCACCGCCGCACUCGCCAACAAGAGCUUCUUUAAGGCCGACAGAGUCACGAUGCAGUGGAACAAGAAAGCCUCGGCAGUGGUGGUGACAGCGAGCACCGAGGUCGAUAAAACCGGAGCUUCUUAUUACGGCGAGCAGACGCUGCAUUACCUGGCUGUUAAUGGAGAGACAUCUGUGGUUCAACUGUUGAAGAACGGUCCGAUCUACGAUGUGUCGUGGAGUCCGAACUCUGCAGAGUUCUGCGUUGUUUACGGCUUCAUGCCGGCCAAGGCAACCAUCUUUAACCUCAAAUGUGACCCGGUGUUCGACUUCGGGACCGGACCACGAAACGCUGCCUACUACAGUCCUACGGGUCACAUCCUGGUGCUGGCCGGCUUCGGGAACCUGCGAGGUCAGAUGGAGGUUUGGGACACGAAGAAGUACAAACAGGUUUCUAAACCUCAGGCUCCGGACGCCACACACUUCUCCUGGUGCCCCGACGGCGAGCACGUCGUCACGGCGACGUGUUCGCCCCGGCUGCGGGUCAGCAACGGUUAUAAGAUCUGGCACUACACCGGCUCCGUGCUGCACAAGUGGGACGUGGCGCAGGGCUCGGAGCUGUGGGAGGUGCGCUGGCAGCCGUUCCCUGAAGGCAGCUUCCCGGAGCGCAGCGUCAAGUACCAGGCGGCUCCCAGCGAGCUCGGCAGCACGCAGGCAGCGCCGACCCAGGCCUACCGCCCCCCCGCCCUCAGACACCUGCCCGCCACACCCAGCACCAAACUGCAUGAAGAAGAACCGCCGCAGAACAUGAGAACCGGAACCGCCGCAGAGAAGAACGUCUCCAAGACGGCUCUGAAGAACCAGAGGAAGAGAGAGGCCAAGAAGGCUGCUAAACAGGAGACGAAGGCGGACCCCGAGCCUCCCUCUGACUCCGCCCCCGUCAGAAACAACCAAUCAGAGCCGACCUGCGGCGACCCGGAAACAGACAAGAAGAUAAAGAACGUAAAGAAGAAGCUGAAGGCCAUCGAGGAGCUGAAGGAGCAGGAGAAGUCUGGAAAAGUCCUGCAGAAAAACCAGCUGGAGAAGGUCCAGAAGGAGGAGCAGCUGCUGAAGGAGCUGGAGGAGCUGCAGUUAGGACAGUAGGAGGAAGAAGAGGAGGAGGAAGAGUGACGGGCCACGCCUCCAAAUCUCACCACACACACACACACACACACACACACACACACACACACAGCAGCUCGGGGUGUGUGUUAGAAACACUGAGGACUUUUUUGUUGCACUUAAACAGAUUGAAGGUUUGACCUGCGUCUGAACGCUAACAUGUUUUCUCCUCACCUGUCAAUCACCUGGGAGGGGGAGGGGUUUAUCUGAGGGGCGUGGCCACAGCGAGAACCUGAUUGGAUGUUUAGUUUUUCUGUUUUCAUUUCAUUUUGACUGAAAACAUCAAAUUCAUUUCUUCCUUUUGUCCCUUUUUUGAGAAUGUCACAAAGCAUUCUGGGAAAUGUAGUCCAGAGGAAGCCGAGCGAGGUCGCUGGAUUCACAGACAGGAAACAGGAAAUGAUCUAAAUGCUGGAUCUUCCCUUUAACUGUGAUCAGCUGAUUCUGCUCCGACAUCAAAUUGAAAUCAGUCCAUUGAAGCCCUGUUGCUAUGCAACAUCUGUACAGAUGCUGAAGCCUUUGACAGUGUUACUUUCAGAAUAAAAGCCUCAUUGCCAUGCUUCACUGCUUUCUGAUGAAAACUAAUAAACUUUGUUUGUGAUCCAA